CACCGCACGUGCUUGCUAGUGUCUUACAGGCCGCUAGCUCCUGGGCUCGCAGCCAUUGAUCUUAAACCGCUGCAUUGCGACGCUCCGCUGACCCAUUCCUUGGGCAAGAUAUCGUAUAUCGUCAAGCCAGCAGAGUUGCGCACGCUCGCGAAGCGAUUGGCCAUCGCUCAGGCUCUGGACUGAUUUUAGCUGCAGAAGGCCGGCACUGCCUGUAGUCUCAGGGAGGCGCACGAAUGCUCCUCGUCCGCGGCGCGCGGCCGCUGGCCGGCGCGGCAACGCGCCUGGUAUCGCGCAGCUUCUCGACGGCGGCGAACAACAAGUUCGUCUUGACGCUCAACGCUGGCAGCUCGUCUAUAAAAUUCGGGGUGUUCGACGUGGCCGGCGGCACUCCCGUCGAGCGCUGCAGCGGCAUCGUGGAAGAGGUCGGCAGCGACCACUCGCGGCUGAAACUCGUGGUCGACGGCGAGGUGAAGCGAGAUGUGGCUGAUUUACACAUCAAGGGCCAUGGUGAAGCCCUCGCGAGCAUCCGGGACGCGCUGGCUCCCCAAUUACCGGGCGCGAUCGCCGCUGUCGGCCACCGCGUUGUUCAUGGGGGCGCGGCGAUCCUAGGUGCGGCGCGGUGUCCUAUCGGAUCUACACGGAAGCACGCCAUCGACGCGACCCCACGCAGGCCCGGCCCUCGUCGACGACGCCAUCGUGGACGAGGUCGACGCCUGUGCUGCGUUAGCCCCGCUCCACAACCCGGCGAACGCGCUCGGCAUUCGAUUUGCCAGAGACACGUGGGGCGACGUCCCGCACGUCGUCGUGACGACCUGUGUGGAAAUCAACAUUUUUACGUCGCGUUCGUGCUGAAUCGGCGCGUCGACCUCCACGCCAUCGACGCGACGCCUGCUCGAUGGCGUGGCGAUGUCGGUUCCUCACCGCUCGACGGAGCCAGCAAAAGAGUUAGUGAAGAAUUAUCACUGGUUGAUUUCCACACAGGUGCCCGACACGGCCUUCCACACCUCUUCAAUGCAACCGGAAUCGUACCGCUACGCCCUGCCCAAGUCUUUGUAUGACGACCAUGGCAUAAGGCGCUACGGCUUCCACGGCACGUCCUACGCCUACGUCACGAAGCAGCUCGCGGCCGCGCUAGGCAAGCCCGUGUCGGCCGUGAACGCCAUCGUCUGCCAUCUUGGGUCAGGAGCGUCGAUGUGCGCCGUCGAGCACGGGCGCAGCAUCGACACGACGAUGGGGCUGACGCCGCUGGAGGGCCUGGUCAUGGGCACGCGGUGCGGCGACGUCGACGCGGGCGUCCUAUCUUAUCUAUCGGAACGAGGCUACUCGACGUCCGAUCUCGACGCAUUACUCAACAAGGAGUCCGGCCUCAAGGGGCUGAGUGGUGGUUUAGCCUCAGAUAUGCGGGCCAUCACUAAAUUAGCAGAACAAGGUGAUAGUGACGCGGCGCUCGCGCGAAGCGUCUUCGUCGAGCGGUGCCGGAAAUAUAUAGGAGCCUACGCCGUCAAGCUCAAGGGCCGCGUCGACGCGAUUGUGUUCUGCGGAGGCAUCGGCGAGGGCGACGCUGAUGCUAGGAGGCGCAUCUGCGCGGAUCUGGAAGGUUUAUUAGGAUGUGAAAUAGACGACACGAAAAAUCAAUUCGCCGUUGAUGGUGAAUCAGUAGUAGACGUCUCUACACAAUUCGCGUCGACGAAGGUCUACGUCGUACCGACGGACGAGGAGCUGGAAAUUGCUUCACAAACAGCCUCCGUCGCGGACCUGAUUCAAGUUGAAAAACCGAGAGUCGUGGAAGAACCGAUCGUCGAGCCGUCAAAAGACGCGGCGCCGCCCAUCGGCAGCGUGUUAUUUGUCGACGGCGGCGGCGCGACCGCGCCCGCGGAGCUGGGCCUGAUGUUCGCCGCGAUGACGGCCCAUGAGAAAGUAGGCUUCUUCCGGCCGGUGCACCACGGGUUUGUGGAUCGGAAGCUGGCGCUGUUUCGGGAAGUGUUUGAUUUAGAUGACGUGCCGGUCGAGGCGAUGUGCGCCGCGGCGUCCUUUCUGCUCCACGCCGUCGACGCGACGCCUGCUCGAUGGCGUGGCGGUGCGACUCUCUCACUGCUGGACUUGACUGGCUCACUGGUUAAUUUGCACGCAGGUACGGCGUGACCGAGGCCGAGGCGAACAAGCUGCUCGCCGCCAAUGAUGAAGAAACACUUAUUGAGAAGAUUUUGACGAAGUAUCUCGCGUAUCGUGAGAGUCGGGACUUCGUGCUCGUGUCGCGGCCGGCGAUCGGCGGCUCUGCCGGUAGAUUACAACUGUCGUCGGGCAUCGCGGCGGCGAUGCAGGCCCCGGUGUGCUGGGUCCACGGCCUCUACGCCGACGGCACCGGCGAAUUUUUACCAGAGCAUCUGAACGAUGAGCUCGGAGACAACGAGCUCGCGGAGCUCGCGCAGGUCGCGUCGGACCUCCGGGAGCACGCCGUGCGGUUGGCCGGAGUCGUCGUCGCGAACUUACCUCCGGAUCAAACUCAUGAAAAGGUGCGGGACCAGCUCAAAGGUCUCGGUAUUGAAACGGCCGCGUUGUUACCCCACGACGACUCCUUCGAGAAGGUCACGGUCGCGGAGAUCGCAGAUACCGUCGGUGCGGAUUUGAUAUACGGCUGCGAGUCGGUGUUCAAGAACCAGCGGGUGGACUCGAUGACGAUCGCUACUUUGGAUGUGGCCAAUUUGCUCACGCACCUGGACAAUGCCGACUCGAACCACCAGUUAGUGGUCGUCGACGCUAGAAGAGCGGACGUGAUCCUGGCGGUGGCGCUGGCGGCGCGGCUGAAGACGAUCGCCGGUUUAUUGUUGACGGGCCCCGCCGUGGGGGAAGAGACGCACGCCGUGUUGGCUGAUUUAGAUGCCAGGAAGCAGCUCCCUUUACCCCCCAUCCUCAAGGCUCGCGCGGGCUCGACCUACCAGAUCGCCCACGCCGUGUCGACCUGUGUGGAAACCAUGGCAUCCACGCCAUCGACGCGACGCCUGCACUGGUUGAUUUCCACACAGGUCUCGACGACGACGCCGCGCAUGCUGCCGACGUCCCACUCCAAGCUCGACGCCGCGCGGACGCUGUUCGACCGCUACCUCGAACCCCGAUUUAGGAACGCCCUCGGCGCGCCUCCGGACCAGUACGAGGUCAUCACGCCGAAGCUGUUCCAGCACCACCUGUUCACGAAGGCGCGGCGGGAUCCCAAACGCAUCGUGCGGCCCUGUGUGGACAUCACAUUUCAGGCGCCCCACGCCAUCGAUGCGACGUGCUUCCAUAACCUAACUCACACAGGUACUACCGGAAGGUAACGACCGGCGAGUGGUCGUCGCGGCGGGCGAAUUGCUGGAGAGGAACCUCGUGGAGCUCAUAAUACUAGGCAACAGGGACGAGAUUUUAGCGGUCGCCGACGAGGCCGGCGUCGUCAUCUCCGAGGAAGCAAAAACACAUGUCAAAAUCAUCGACCCCGAGGCUUGCGAUGCGGAGCUCUUCGAUCAAUUGGCAGAGGGCUUCUACGAGCUGCGGAAGCACAAAGGUGUUGAUUUGGAGAAGUCCAAGGAGCUCGUGCGCGACGACCCGAACACGUUCGGCGCGAUGAUGAUGAAAUUGGGGCUGGCCGACGGCAUGGUGUCCGGUGCUUGUCAUAGUACGGCGGCGACGAUGCGGCCGGCGCUGCAACUGCUGAAGACGGCGCCGGGCUUUGAUAUCGUGUCGUCCGUGUUCUUCAUGCUGCUGAACGACGGCGUCAAGGUGUUUGGCGACUGCGCGAUCAACGUCGCGCCCUCGGCCGACGAACUGGCGCAGAUCGCCGUCGCGUCGGCGCACACGGCCAAGCAGUUCGGCGUCGAGCCGCGCGUCGCCAUGCUCUCGUACGCGUCGGGCGACUCGAACCAGGGCGCGCUCAUCGACACGAUCCGCGAGGCCACUUCGAAAGCCAAGAGCCUGUGCAGCGAGUACCCCAUCGAGGGGCCGAUCCAGUUCGACGCGGCCGUCGACGCCGACGUCGCGGCCAUCAAGUACAAGGGGUCCGACUCGGAGGUCGCGGGCCACGCGACGGUGUGCGUGUUUCCGGAUUUGAACUCGGGUUCGUGAGCGGUGUGGAAAUUCGUUGCUCCGCGACGCCGCGCCGUCGAGGAGCCGUCGCGUCGAUGGCGUCUCCCCGCACAGGCAACAACGGCUACAAGGCCGUCCAGCAGGCGUCGAAGACCAUCGCGGUGGGGCCCAUCAUGCAGGGCCUCGCCAAGCCGGUGAACGACCUCUCGCGGGGCUGCACGGUCGAGGACAUCGUGAACACGGUCGUGAUCACGGCGUUGCAGAGCCAGGAGUAGGUCGUGGCGCGUGCCCUCCCUCGAAGUAUAUAUCUGUCGUGUAUGAGUAGGCGGUACGUACUAGCGCGAGGUGCCGGGUCUUUAGCGUAUAAUGAU